AUAAAAGCCGGGCCGGCCGGCGGCGGCUUGGUUGAUUCCCAAUAAGGAUCCCACGCCGCCACCGCUGGCAAGGAGGGUACAUUCAGAGGUAGGGCCCCCUCCAUCCCGAGCAGCCACUUAUUCAGCCCUAGGGUUGGCUGAGGUGGGCGGGAGGUGGAGGGAGGAGUCCCACAUAACCCGACACCCACGUAGUGGGGUAUGCGUAACGCAUUUCUCAGGGUUAAAAAAAAGGUUAGGAAACGGCGCGAGUGUUGUUUUUGAUAUCGCAAACGUCUGUAGGCUAUCGCGGCUUGUUUACCACCCAUUUUAACAGAAAUAUAAAUCAUGACUCGUCAUUUGGGAUCUCAAUAAAAUAAUGCGUAGUUAGUUCAGUUAGACGGCUGCCUCGUCCACGAAAAAUCUAACCGUGGACCAUUAUGUUCAGUAGGUAGUCCAAAUUUUCGUGGAUAAAGAGUACCCCAUGUCACUAUCGAGGUUUAUAAGAGGUCUGUGUUUCAAAUUCGAUCGAAAUCGGUACAGCAGUUUUUGCUUUAUUGAGUAACAAACUUAUAAAUACGCAAACUUUCACAUUAAUGAUAUCAGUAAGAUUCACUGACCUGUGUUAUAUUUUUAUCAUCAGUAAAUGUUGGCGUUUGUUUUUUUGCAUUUUAAGGAGUAAGUUCUAUCAUCAAGUUAAGAGGAAAACCAGUUUUAAAAUAACCAGUUGAAUCUUUGAGGAAACUCAAUCAUUAAUUUAAUAUAACAGUGCAGUGUGGCCGUGUGUAUCAGUGCCAGUAUUAUCAAUAAUCAACAUUUUAGUUAAAAUAACGUAUUAUACAUGGUAAACAAGUUGUGUGCCAACUUCCAAUAUGGAAUCAUGUGUCAAAUGGACUCUAUGUGUUGUGUUGUUGUUAACAGCCGUAGUAACAGUGAACAGCCAACAGUUCCGGUACGACUACACGUAUGAGCCGAAAGUGAGCGGAUGGCUGAAGCUGCACGUAAUGCCGUCCACCUUCUUCGACGCCUUUAGGAUUUGCAACGCAGAAGGCGCGGUGUUAGCGUCGCCGCUGAACGUUUACUUCAAAAACGCGAUGAUGGCGCUGCAUAAGAAGAUCAUCGUGAACUCCUGCACAUUGUACACGGGGAUUCAUUCUUCAGUCGCUAAGGGAUCCUUCGCGUCCAUUGAGGGAAAACCCCUAUCGAAAAUUUCGGUAGAAUGGGCUCCAAAUGAGCCCGACAACUACAAUGACAGUGAAAGCUGCAUCGCCAUGUUCGAGAAUGGCAAAAUGGCCGACGUCCGCUGCACAGAGACCUUCCCUUUCAUCUGCUACAAGAAGAAAACUGUCAAUAUGGCCAUCAACGAGUGUGGGACUAUUGAUAAUGAUUACUUCCUGGAAUCUCGCACGGGCAGCUGCUACAAGUUCCACCGAGUGGGUCGCACCUGGAGGAACGCAUACAUGACCUGCAUGGCCGAAGGGGGUCACCUCGCCAUCGUCAACAGCAAGACCGAGCUGGAAGUCAUCAAGGAGAUCUUCGCUAGAUAUCCGCCCGACACCAGAAUGGCUCAAAGCAAAGAAGGCGUAUCAAUUGGCAUUCAUACCUGGGGAGAGGAUCGCGUUUUCUACACAGUCCACGGUCAACGGCUGGUUGAAGCUGGCUAUGCGAACUUCACAUCAGGCCAACCCGACAACAACAGAGCCUUUGAUAGUAGCGGGUCUCACUGCGGUGGCAUAUGGCGCGAGGAACUCGACGACUUCUGGUGUACAGGCAACACAAUAUCCUUCAUCUGCGAGAAGAGGCCUGAAAGCUUGCUCUCUGAAGACGAAUACCCAUAA